AUGGGGGGGGGUGUGGGGGAACAAGGACAGGCCUUGGAGAAAUCCAGCAUAUGCUUUCUUAAAUGUGGUCCUACUGGUUUAGAGACAUUGAAGAACCUUGUUCUUGGUGGAUUUGGAUCAAUCACGGUGGUUGAUGGAUCAAAAGUGGAAGUUGGUGAACUUGGAAACAAUUUCAUGGUUGAUGAAUCUAGUGUUGGACAAUCGAAGGCGAAAAUUGUGUGUACGUUUCUUCAAGAACUAAAUGAUGCAGUCAAAGCUAAGUUCAUAGAAGAGUACCCAAAGGCUCUGAUUAAGACAAAUCCAUCAUUCUUUUCUCAAUUAACUUUGGUAGUAGCCACACUGCUCGCCGAGGACUCCAUGAUUAAGCUGGAUAGAAUCUGUAGGGAGGCAAAUGUAAUGUUGUUGUUUGCGUGUUCUUAUGGACUUGCAGGGCUUGUUAGAAUCAAUGUGAAGGAACAUGUGGUCAUUGAGUCAAAGCCUGAUCAUUUUCUCAAUGACCUUAUGUUGAAUAAGCCAUGGCCGGAGCUUAAGAGUUUUGCAUAUACAAUCGACUUGAAUGUGGCAGAUCUUGUUGCCCAUAAGCACACACCUUAUGUUGUCAUUCUUGAGCUUCUUAAAGCCAAGAUGAUAUCAAUGGACGAGGACAACUACAAAGAAGCUAUUGAUGCCUCCUUCAAAGUGUUUGCUCCUCGAGGAAUUAAUGUGGAAUUGCAGCAAAUUAUUGAUGAUGGAUGUGGUGAAGUUGAUUCCAGUUCAUCUGACUUUUGGGUGAUGUGGUUGCGCUAA